AUGAGCACUAAAAAUUAUUUUGUUAUGACAAAACGAGCUGACGAGAAAAUUGACCAAUGUGAGCUCACUUGGUUUGUUCCGUCGUAUAAAUGCAACACUGAGGCCGUUGCCAUUCAUACUCGUAAAUGUAAGGCCAGCAUCUACAUGGAGAGUAUGGAGGGUAUGGAGGGUAUGGCAAUGGGUGUGGUGGCGGGUAUGGCAGGAGGGGCAUUGUGGCAGACAAAGAGAAGAAACAGAUUAUCAUGGUCAAAACGAUUCCAAUAA